AUGGCGGCUCCUCCCGCACCUCUUCCAACAUCACAAAGUGGGGGCAAGGAUUGGUUUGAGCAGGAGCUGACGGACUUGAGGGUAGAAGGCGAUGUAGAGGGCAAAGCGGUCUGGAUAUCCAAGGUCUCCCAUGUAUCUGGCGAUGUCGAACUGGGACAAAGGAAAGUCCAAGUACACUUCAUCACGAUCUAUGAUUGUGAACUUGCUCUCGAGUGGACGGGUACGACUAGCGACGCCAAUACCAAGUCCGUUCAGCUUCCUCCUUAUCAUCCUUCCCAGCUACUUCAUCUAACACCUAAUCACCAGUUCUUCUGGACUCUUCUAACCGAGCCAUCCCCCGAAGUUGACGAUUUAUACUCGAUGGCUAAACAACGCAUUCCUAAAAUCCUCGAGGACGUGUUUGCUAAAUUCCCUGCUGCGAUUUUCGAGACGCAUGGGAAGGAUUUGACCGUUAGUACGGAGCCGAGUCGCGCUAAUACGCCUGGGCCGGCGGCGGCGACACCAGCGGCGACUUCUGCGCCCUCGCCUGCACCUGAGGCUGCGCCGAAGCCUGUGAAGAAGGAGCCCAAGGCGGUUAAUACGGCUACGGUCACUGUGGAUAGCACUUUCAAAGCUGCUGCUGACGAUCUCUUUGGUUUGCUUACGGACGAAAAGAGGAUUCCGAUUUGGACUCGAGCCGCCGCACAGUCUGCGGCCAAACCGGACACGGAGUUUAGCCUAUUUGGAGGUGGUGUGAAGGGGAAAUAUGUCUCCCUUACGCCGCCGAAGGAGAUAGUACAGACUUGGGCGCUGUCCAGCCCUACGUGGCCAUCAGAUCAUGUCGCGACCUUGACUACGACACUUGACCAGUCGGAGGAUUCGACCAAGGUUACCUUCACUCUAUCUGGUGUCCCACUUGGUAUGGAAGGACGAGAUCAAGCGGAAUUUAGAAGGGGUACUAGUAACAUUCAUGGAUUCAAAUCUAUUGGGUAUGUUCAAUUAAUUCCUUACGUCCCCUCGUAUACGCCAAAACCGAAGCCGCGAGUCAUUAAAAAGCUCAACGCAAAAUCCCAUUCAUCGACGUCUCUCGUUCCUGUUAUCGCUGUUACAGUUUUGAUCCUUGCUGCUGCAUUCACCGUACCCUUUUUCUCUUCCUCAUAA